CGCGCCCAAAACGGAUAAAACUCAAAAACUAGCAGGCAAAGCUACAGCGGCUAAUGGCUUCACUUCACUCAUACUCCUCUCUCUCUCCUCUCUCCCCAUCUCCUGACCACUGCCCAAUCAAGCCUCCCUUCAUCCCCUUCGUUUCCCGCACCGUUGCUGUUCUUAACCUAGGCUCGGCACCGGCGGAAGAAGGGAAAAAUCCCAUCUCUAGUGCUGUUUCUGGAGGCCGAGAGGGAGGCAGGGACCAGCGGAGGGCAGUGAGAAUUGCUUGGGAGAAGCUGGUUCGCUGGUCCCGCUCGUGGCGCUCUAAGGCCAGGAGCGACGUUCUCGAGCAGACGAAGAAGGUUGCGGUUCUUGGUGGGGGAUCCUUUGGUACCGCAAUGGCAGCGCAUUUAGCGGGUAAGAAGGCCGAGAUGGAGGUGGCUAUGCUUGUCAGAGAUGAACAAUGUUGCCAUCUAAUUAAUGAAACUCAUCACAAUUGCAAGUACUUCCCUGAUUUUAAGCUUCCAGAUAAUGUAGUGGCAACCACCAGUCCAAAGGAUGCUUUACUAGGAGCUGAUUUUUGUUUGCAUGCUGUGCCAGUUCAGUUCAGUUCGUCAUUUCUUGAAGGAAUUUCCUGGCAUGUUGAUCCAAAUCUGCCUUUCAUCUCUCUUAGCAAAGGCUUGGAAUUAAAUACCUUAAGGAUGAUGUCCCAGAUAAUCCCUCAAGCACUAAAAAAUCCUCGCCAGCCAUUCAUUGUGCUUUCAGGCCCUUCUUUUGCAGUGGAACUGAUGAAGAAAUUGCCUACAGCAAUGGUUGCGGCUUCAAAAGAUAAAAAGCUUGCAAAUGCUGUUCAGCAACUGUUGGCUUCCCCUAAUCUGAGGAUAAGCUCGUCCAGUGAUGUUACAGGAGUAGAAAUAACAGGUGCGUUGAAGAACGUUCUUGCUAUAGCAGCUGGUAUCGUAGAGGGUAUGAAUCUUGGAAAUAAUUGUAUGGCUGCCCUUGUUGCACAAGGUUGUUCGGAGAUAAGAUGGCUAGCGACUAAGAUGGGAGCGAAGCCUACAACACUGACCGGCCUUUCUGGAUCUGGUGACAUUAUGCUUACAUGUUUUGUAAAUCUUUCACGGAAUAGGACUGUUGGACUGCGUCUUGGAUCAGGGGAAAGACUUGAAGACAUUCUAAAUUCAAUGAAUCAGGUGGCAGAAGGUGUAUCAACUGCUGGUGCUGUUAUUGCGCUUGCUCAGAAAUAUCACGUUAAAAUGCCAGUGCUUACUGCUGUUGCUCGUAUAAUUGAUAACGAAUUAACUCCAAAAAAAGCUGUUAUGGAGUUAAUGAGCUUACCUCAGGUUGAAGAAGUUUAAAGCAAAUGCAACUGGGGAAGUUUUAUUUUUUUUUUAUUUUACUGAAGACUUGAAAAAAUACAUCCCUUUGUUCAACUUACGUGAAGUUCAGGAGCCUUUUUGGGACAAAAUGCACAUGCAUGGUCUUCUUUUCCUGCAAAAUUUGCAGAAGCUUGAACUUACCGUUAAUCUUAAUGAAUACUCUUUAAACAUGAACGAAAUCACCUCAGCAUUGAAAGGGCUAUUUCAUCAUGAUUUUUUACAUUAACGUCGGUAUAUUUUGUAAAAUGUUUAAGAGGUUGUUAAAGAAGUAAUUUGAUGAGUUUUCUA